AUGCCUCUCAAGCGGCCGUCAAGCGACCAAUUUGACGCUAACAGGCCCCACAAAGUGUCAGGUGCACUACCUCCAGCCGCCAACGCUGCGGUGAAGAAGCUACAGCGAGCAUGCAAAGAAUUGCAGCUGUCGAGUCUCCCUCGCGUGAUGACCGGGCGUGAGGAAGAACGCGACGAAAUCUACACGGCGCUUCGCUCCUCCAUCGAGCAGCAGAGUGCCGGUGGACCAAUCUACAUCAGUGGCCUCCCAGGAGCGGGUAAGACAUCCAUCGUGAAGGAGGUAAUCCGUAUGCUUGAGGCUCAGCGAGACAGCGGGAAGCUCCGCAACUUUGCAUGGGUGGAAGUCAACGGGCUGCAGAUGCCACGGCCAGACGUCGCCUAUACUGUACUAUGGAAGGCCUUGCACCCACCUACAACUGAAGAAGAGGAUAGUGAGCUUCAACCCUCGCGUGCGAACGUGAGCGCUGCACGACGAUGCGAGAUUCUGCAACGCGAGUUCCACACCAAGAGUUCAACGCGGCCCAUGCUGCUGGUGCUACUGGACGAGAUGGACUUCAUGCUGGCCGGCAAGAACCAGGUACUGUAUAAUCUGCUAGAAUGGCAGACCUCCGCCUCGGCGAAGCUUGUAUUGGUUGGUAUUGCCAACACUAUGGACUUGCCAGAGCGACUGCCAACCAAGAUCCGCAGUCGAUUGGGUGGCCACCGCAUUACCUUUUCAGCGUACACCAGAGCUCAGCUAGAGAACAUCAUUCAGCAGCGACUACUUCAGCUAGACAUCUUCAGUGAGGAGGCUAUCCAGAUCUGUGCCAAGACGCUGGCACACCAGUCGGGUGAUGUGCGUCAGGCGCUGUCGCUUUGCCGCAAGUCUGCGGAGGUGUGUUUGCACAGGCUUACUGAGCUUGACCGGUCUGCAGCUGCAACAAAUAAAGGUGAAUUGUUCGUGACAGGUCAAGAUUUGCACGAUGCACAGCAGGCCGUGUCGGUGUCAGCGCCAAUGAGUCGCCUCCGUGCGUGCAGCAAGUUCGAGUGCACGUUUCUGGUCGCUUUGCGCAUGGAAGUACGCUCAAACGCAACUCGUGGGGUCAAUAAGAAUGGCGCGGAACUGGAAGCUGUGAUCGAGCGGUUUGCGAUUUUGUGCAAGACUCACUCGUUCGUGCCGAUCCCGCGACUGCGCGGACUGCUUUUCAUUUGUGACGAGUUGGAGCGCUCGGGGAUCAUCAAACAGAUAUCUACUCGAACAUCGCGUUACCCGCUGUUGGAGCUGCGGUGCUCUCACCAAGAACUUCAAGACGUGUUCCUUACACACCACAUCGGCAUGCAGCUAAUUUCGUAA